AUGGUCGCAGUCCCAGCCCAGUGGCAGGAAGUUUCCCGCGCAAAGAUUGCAGCCCGCGAUGCCCUCAUCCCCAAGGAGUGGAUCAUCCCAGCCACAGACGCUCGCAGCGUCAUCCACAUCCCGAGGACGUGCGGUGUCCUCUCUGACAAGGAGAUUGGUAUCACAGAGACACCUGCGACGGCGCUCGUAGAGUCGAUGCUGAGCCGAGAGCUUACGAGCUACGAGGUGACGUUGGCCUUUUGCAAGCGAGCUGCUAUAGCCCAGCAAUUGACCAACUGUCUCACCGAAAUCUUCUUUGAGACUGCCCUCAGAGCAGCUCGAGCUAUCGAUGACAACUACGCUCAGACCAACACCCCCCUUGGACCUCUCCACGGCCUCCCAGUCUCGAUCAAGGACAACUUUUACGUCGAAGGGGUUGAUACUACCGUGGGCUUCAUUAGCUGGGCCAAUGAUCCCGCCAAGAAGGAGCAAGAAAGCGAAAUUACCAAGGUCAUGCGAGAGUGCGGCGCGGUGCUCUUCUGCAAGACUAACGUCCCAACGGCCAUGAUGAUUGCCGAGUCAUACAACAAUGUAUGGGGAUAUACCUCCAACCCUUACAACACUUCCUGCUCUUCUGGUGGAUCUUCUGGGGGCGAGUCGGCCCUCCUUGCCCUCUUUGGAUCUCCCCUUGGGAUCGGCACAGAUAUCGGCGGGUCUAUCCGUAUCCCCGCUUCCAUGUGCGGCCUCUACAGCAUCAAAGCUUCUUUCGGUCGCUUCCCCACUUACGGCGCCCGGUCGGGAUUGCCCGGACAGGAAGCGAUAAGGUCUAUCAAUGGACCACUGUCGAGCACUCUGGAGGGAGUAGAGAUCUGGGCGAAGAGUGUGGUAGGAAAGAAGCCUUGGGAGAGAGACCCCAACAUGCUUCCGAUCCCGUGGAGAGAGUACGAGGCUCCUAGCCAGCUUUGCUUUGCUAUUAUUUUGGACAACGGCAUAGUCAAGCCUACACCUCCCGUUACCCGCGCCCUGCAGGAAACAAAGGCUGCUCUGGAGAAAGCAGGCCACAAAGUCAUUGAAUGGUCCCCCUACAACGCCGAACAAGCCACCUCCCUCGUCAGCCGCUUCUUCCUCGGCGACGGCGGCGUCAAGAUCAAUCAGAUCCUCGCUGCCGGUGAAGAGCCUUACCCUGAAGGUCUUGCGGCAUACAAGGCUCGAUUCGAGGCUUUGAAGAAUGACCCCCCGCUUGUGGGAGAUCUGUGGGAUCUCCAAGCCGAGAGGACAUCAUACUGCAAGAAGGCACUCGACCACUGGCUGGCUAGUAAGGAUGUCACCGGGACUGGGAGGCCCUUUGACGCUGUCAUCUCUCCAGUGACUCAGCAUUCUGCUUGUCCCAAGAAGGCCUACGGUGGUCAUGUGACGUACACCUCCAUGUGGAACAUUACAGACUACAGUGCUACUACUUUCCCUGUUGGGUUUGUCGACUCUGCCGUUGACAAGAAGGAGGAGUGUGAGCCCAGGAAUGAUGUGGAGAAAAGCGUUUGGGACCGAUAUGACCCCGAAGAAGUCUCGGGUGCGCCUAUCUCUCUCCAACUGGUGUGCCAGAGGCUCGAAGAAGAGAAGGCGAUCGCGUUGACUGGUGUCGUUGCGAAGGCAUUGAAGAAGACAAAGGUUUGA